AUGCCAACCUUACCUGAAAACAAGGGACAAUCAAGAGAGGCACAACACAACAGUUCUCCUCCAGCCAAAGACACUACUGUGGAAGGGACAACAUGCAGUACACCUUCUAUUGUUCUUCCAGAGAAUGCUGUUACUCCAGAUGUAGAAAUUGAUAAAAAUCUGGUUAACAGGCCUCGUAGUCCUCAUAGGAGACAUUCUAAUCGUGCCACUAGGAAUCCAACAAGUUCAUUGACUUCUGUUGACAACAGCGGCCAUGUGAUUGAUCUGGUAAAUGAUCAGCUGCCAGAUGUCAAAAUAUCAGAUGAAGACAAAAAGAAGAACCUUGAAUUACUAGAAGAAGCAAAGAAAGUGAGCGAGAGGUUUCUAAUGCGGAGAGGCAGAAAGUCCAGAAGCAGCCUUCCGGAGUCACCCACAGCAGUUUCCCCUACACUUAGUCCUAAAGUUUCACCAGUAGCAUCUUGGAGCAACUCUCUCACUCUUCCAGUUCCAUCAGGGUCUGAUGCAUGCACAGCCACUGGUGUCGAGUCAGUAUCUCCAGGGCAGAAUAACAGAACUGUGAAAGAGGAUGACAGGCAAACUGCAGAGAAUACUGCAAAAGGAUUAAUUGAUCGAAGGCAGAAUGAUCAGAGAAAGAUUUCUCAGGGAAGGCUGGUUCCUCGUUCUGCUGGUUUUGAAAACUCCAAAGAGAAGCUCUCAGAACAAAAAGAAAACUUUGAUCCAUGUAAACAUACGGAUACUUUACCUAAAUGCUCCCCUUCAGGUGGCGAUGGUGGCAGAAUGUCUCUUAACACUUGCAUGAAUGCUUGUGAAAUUGAACUUGGAAAAUUAUUCCUCAAGAAAGCAAAAGAAAGUGAUGUUCGUUUAAGAAGCCAUCUACCAGGACCAGGAAUAGGAAAUAUAGACUCAAAGCUAAAAAAUCCUGUUCCAGAAAUGAAGGACCAUAAAGUUUCAUGUAAACCAGAAUUUAAAUUGUGUGGACUGCGUCCUCCUCUACUACGGGCUGUAUCAUGGGAUAGCUUGGAGCCUGGACAGAAAGAUAAAACACCUUUAAAAUUAGCAUCUGAGGAAGAUGAAAGCUUUGUUGGUGGUAAUAAAUCCAGCAAUAAAUUAAAAGCAUUCAAAGACCUUCAAAUCCAAGUUCAACCAGUUCGAAUGCAGAAAUUGACAAAGCUCAGAGAGGAGCAUAUUUUGAUGAGAAAUCAAAACUUAGUCGGACUUAAACUUCCUGAACUUAGUGAAGCAGCUGAACAGGAAAAAGGCCCUUCACCUCUCCCCUCCCCCACUGAAGAGAAAGAGACAAAGAAUAGCUCUGAUGUCAUGCCCAGCAUUCCUGAUGUAUUGCUGCGAAAACUACGAGUGCACAAAUCGCUUCCAGGAAGCUCCCCUCCACUCACUGAGAAAGAAGUUGAGAAUGUAUUUGUACAACUUUCCUUGGCCUUUAGAAAUGAUAGUUAUACCUUGGAAUCUAGAAUUAACCAAGCAGAGAGAGAGAGAAAUCUUACUGAAGAGAACGCUGAGAAGGAACUGGAAAACUUUAAAGCAGCCAUUACGUCUUCAGCUCACUUAUGGCAUCACUAUGAACACAGAGAAGCUUACCAGAAGCUGUUGGAGGAUAUUGCUGUUCUGCGGCGUUUAGCUGCUAGACUAUCUAGUCGUGCUGAGAUGGUUGGAGCUGUUCGGCAGGAGAAGCGUAUGUCAAAGGCAACAGAAGUAAUGAUGCAGUAUGUGGAAAAUCUGAAAAGAACGUAUGAAAAGGAUCAUGCUGAACUAAUGGAGUUCAAGAAACUUGCCAGUCAGAAUUCUAGCAGAAGCUAUGGUGCAUCUGAAGAUGGAGUACCUCGUUCAUCUAGAUCCAUGUCUCUUACUGUUGGAAAGAAUAUGCCUCGGAGGAGAGUCAGUGUUGCUGUUGUUCCUAAAUUUAACUCCUUAAACAUUCCUGGUCAGUCACCAACAGCUUCACCUAUACCUUCAAUGCCAUCCCUGUCUGAAUCACCUAGUAAUGGAAGGAGCAAUCUAACAUCUACUCCUGUUCUACCAGCACUUCUAGAAAAUGGUAAGACUAAUGGAGAGCCUGACUGUGAAACCCCUACUUCCGUGCUGACACAAAGUGGGCUGGAAGAAAUCAAUCCUGAAACUAAAGCCAAGAUAGAGGAGGAAGCAUAUAACAAAGGCUAUCAGGAAGGCUUGAAGAAAACCAAAGAACUUCAGGAACUGAAGGAAGAAGAUGAAGAGACACCAAAAGAAAGUCAUGAUGAACAUGAAGAAAGUGAAAAUGAAGAUGAGGUAAAAAACCUGAAAAGCAGCAGACUUGAAGUCAUCAUUAAUUAUUUACAUAUACUGUACCCCAAACUGUGUAAACACUGGAAUGUGGUAUGGCUUGUAGUGGCUGCGAUAAUAAUUUUUGCUGUGAUGUUGGGAAUUUACCAUUCAUACAACUCCUGUGAUGAAAAAUCAGAGGGACCUGAAGGGAAGCCCAGCCGUUCUGCUGCCCAUCAAUAUUCCUGGUGGAACUCAGGAUUUCAACAUGAGCAACGCACUGAAUAA